UAAUAAUAAUAAUAACAAUAAUGUAACAAAGAAAACUAAUGAUUGUCGUGCAGCUUAUAAAUAUUUAACAUGGCGUGAAAAAGAUCGUAGACGAAGAUUUCGUGAAGAAUGGAAACAUUUAUGGCUUGUUAUACCAUAUGGACUUUAUGAAGUCAUGUGUCUUGUUUGUCAUAAAGUGAUGACUCAAAGAAAAGUGGAUACGAUCAAACGUCAUACUGUUAGACGACAUGUGGAAUUAAUAGGAAUGUCUGAUUCUGAAAGGGAAAAAUUAUUUGAUCAAUUAAUUAAACAGUAUACUAUGCUUAGAGUCACUAACUACAAUUCUUCUAACGAUGUACCUAAUAAGUUGCAUCAGAAAUCAGAUUGUCUUUAUCAAACUGACUCUACAAAAAACUGUGAUGAACUUUCAAAUGUGAAAGCAUCGAGUGAAGUUUUGACAAACAAUUUAAAUAAUACUAAUACAUGCCUAUUUGAACAACAUUCUGUUAUGAAUCGUUUAAAAAAGAUCGAUACAAAGAAUAACAACUCAAUGAAUAGAGAGUCAGAUUUUCAACACCUACUGACGAAACAGGAUAAACAGUUAAAUUGUAAAAGUUAUCAGACAACGAACACAAUCCCAAGAUACUCUCGGAACUCCUGUUCCAAAAAAUACAAAAGCUUACUGGAAGUUAAACAAGAUAGAAGUAUUAUUGAAAAUUUAGAAGAUUUACCAACAAAUAUACCUGAAAAUUGGGAUGACCCCUCAAUAUUUGAGGAGAAAUCGUUUCCUUUACGAAAACCUCUCAUAGAUACACCAAGACAUCAUUGUGAUAGAUUAGAACAUCCCUAUAAUAAAGAGAGCUUCCAUGCUGGAAAAUUAGGUUCAAAAGUGAUUCCUUCAAACACUAAUUCAAUGAUCCAUUUAUUUUCACCAUUUUCUACAGUUGUUCCAAUAUCUAAAUGUUCUUCAUGUACAUAUCCUUCUGAGUCAGAGAAUUUUCAUAAUUUCUUGAAAUCUUAUGUCUCAAUGAAUUCUCUCUUGUCAUCAAACAUACCAACUUCGUCAAUAUCUUCAUUAUUAAUGCCACAGAUAUUUCCCACAUUUAACAGUUCAAAUAGGUUAUCAACCAGUAUGAAAUCAACUUCAAGUUUAUAUACAAAUAGUGACAUUAGCUAUCAUACUGGGAGUAACAAUAGAGAUAAUAAUAAUGAUAGUGAUAAAUCACAUCAAAAUCAUCAAUUGAGUUCUACAGAAAAACAGACAACAAUAAAUGAUUAUCAUAAAAGAUCAAAUCAUUUAUUAGAAUCUUCAAUAAAUACAGAAAUGAGUCUCACAAAUUCUAUGUUAACUGAUAAUAAUAAGAAUAUAAAAGUUCCAUAUAUGCAACAAUACUCAACUCAAAAUAUUUAUGAUGAUUCUCACUAUAAGUCGGUACAUUCAUCAAAUUUACAAAUUUCUUCUAAUUCGAGUAUUCCAAGAUCUCUACCAUUUACGAUGUCCACUUUCAUGACAGAUUUCUCAAAACACGAAACAGAUGAUGGGAUAUUUCCGAAAACGCCGGAAUCUAGACUACAUACUUUAGUAAAUAAGAGAAACUCUGUACAUAUGUCUAAUCCAGAACUUUUUAAUGGCUGCCCUAAUAAUCACAAAAUAUCAGAUAGGAAAACCGACUUUAUUUCAAGAAAGGAAGAUCAGGUACUAAACCCAUCGGGAACAAAAUCAAACUGUAGGAGUAAAUCAAAUUCAGGUUCUAAACAAUUCACCAUUUCAUCUUUACUGAAUAUCGAAAGCUUGUCUUCACAAAAUAAGACAUCGUUGACAACACAUCCUGACGAGUUAAUCCCUGAUAUUCAAAAGAAAGAUACAAUAUCACUAGGGUAUGACUACCCUAAUUGGUCUACCCAAAAUCCACAAGAAAAACGAGAAUUAGAACAACUUCCUAUCUCAUGUGUUCUUUGUAAUUCGGAAUCCGUAAAUAAUUGUAUUGAUGAUGCAAGAAAACAAUUUAUAUCCAAUGUACCAAGUGAGGAUAAUUUAUUCAGGACAAACAAUGACUCAUUAGACAUAUCAAUAACAAAACAAAUAGAUGCAUCGAAAGAAAGGCAGUCCGCUUUUUCAAGUCCUACAGGACUGUCUAAUGUUUCAGUUCAUCGUAAAUUAUUAGAACAUUAUACUAGUAUACCUGAAUUAUAUCAAUCAUAUACUGACAUUUUCACUUGAUAUACUUUUUAAAAAAUCAAAUACCAAUUAACUGUUUGUCAAAUUCCAAUAUUUUCCACAAUCAAAAUCUGGAAACACUUGGAAACUAUAUGAAGUUAUAUUAUCUUGAACUGUUACGACAUCAUUAUGAUGUACCAAGUACAGAUCUUUCCACUCAAAGGAUACCAACAACAUUAUGCUCUUAUAUACAUGAAGAAAAUGAAUUAGUCAAUUAUAAAAAAUGUACAAAUGAACUUCAAAAGUCACCUAUUAUUGAUUGAUUGAUUGAUAUUUCAAGGGAAACAGAAUGAAGAAAUCGGACUAAGAACCUGAAUAAAUUCUAUAUAUUAAAAAUAA